CGUCUCUGAGGCUUGAGAUAACACAGAAGACUAUUGAAUUUUUGUUGAAAAGUACUACCUACUCUGUGACUGUGUCAGUGGGUCUGUAAGUAAAAGUGUUCUGUGGUCUUAACUCUAAACUCUGAAUAUGACAAUUAAAUUAUUUUCAUUAGUAGCCAACACCAGUUUUCGGACCAUCGGAAGAGCAAUGGCGACCUCGGUAUUUGAGGCGAAUGGAAUUGUUCCGGACGUUAUUCCUAAGGCGCCGGCGGACACUGUACAAGUGUCAUAUCCAAGCGGUGUUACAGUAUCUCAAGGCAAUGAGCUGACUCCCACGAAGGUCAAGGAUGUGCCCAAAGUAUUGUACACCGCAAAUCCUGACGACUUCUACACCCUGGCUAUGACUGACCCCGACGCACCGUCCCGCAAGGAGCCAAAGUUUCGCGAAUGGCAUCACUGGCUAGUUGGGAACAUUCCCGGUGACAACGUGGGGGCCGGGGAGACCCUGUCUGCAUACGUGGGCUCCGGGCCUCCGGAGGGUACCGGCCUACAUCGCUAUGUGUUCCUCGUGUACAAGCAGCCCGGGAAACUCACCUUCGAUGAACCACGACUGACUAAUACUUCUGCCGAUAACCGCGGAGGAUUCUCCAUCGCCAAGUUCGCGAAGAAAUACAACCUGGGUGAUCCCAUCGCCGGUAAUUUCUACCAGGCACAGUACGAUGACUAUGUGCCGCAGCUGUACAAGCAACUAGGAGCUUAAACACUUACGAAUACGUGUUAUAUUUCUGUGGAUUCACGAGAGCUUCU